UCUUCUCCCUCCUCCCUUUCUCCUACCCAACCCUUGGGGUCCUGGGCUCCAGGUCGGCUCCUCCCAGCUCGCUGUGCUCUAGCUCCAUCCGCCGAGGACAGCAGCCCCCAGACUGCAUUCCCUUCGGUCAUCGUCUCCAGGCAGGAUGACCCAGCCCACAGUGACAGUGAACGGAGUGGACAUGGACUGCGCUCAACCUCAGCCCUACCACAUCGACAUCCACUUCCACCAGGAGUCCACGCUGGCAGAACUGCUGAAAUCCGGGAGCUUGCUGAAGCAGCUUUUCUCCUGCCCCCGGGACGCUGGAUCUUCCAAGGCCAGGAUUAGCUAUAAACAGCUGGCAAUUGGGGUGACCCAGAUACUGCUGGGGCUUGUCAGCGGUGCCCUUGGAGUGAGCUUUUACUUUGGGCCCUGGGCCCAGCUGCGUACCUCUGGCUGCGCCUUCUGGGCAGGGUCUGCGGCGAUCUUGGCAGGAGCGGGGGUCAUUAUCCACCAGAAGCACCGAGGCAAACUUUCCGGCUUCCUGUCACUUCUGCUCACCUUGGCCUGCAUGGCCACCGCGGUGGCAGCUGCUGUCUUUGGUGUGAGGAGCUUAAUCAGACAAACAGAUGGCUCCUACUCCUCGGAGAUCUACUCCUUGUGUGAGAAACCAGAUCCUGUCUAUACAACCUCUGGCUACAUAAAGUUGUGGAGAAGCAGCUAUGACAUGGACUGGAGGGAGGAGCGCUGUAAAUCCUACAUGAAGACAUUGAUGAACCUGUUCCUGGCAUUCUGUGCCCUGUUCACAGUUAUCUGCAUCCUGAAGGUCAUCUUGUCUUUGGCUUCCCUGGGACUGAGUCUCCAGAGCUCUACGCCCCUGAACAGUAGUCGCGAGGUGCUGCUGGACACGGAUGACAGGGAAUCAGAGAAGAAGCUCCUGGGGGAGAACGCUGAGCAUCUUUCUGCCUCCAAGAAGCUUCCAGAGGCCAUCAUCCCAUGAGCACCCAGACACGCUUCAUGAGUCCCGCACACCCUGUCCAGGGCCGGCAGCCCGGGGCCUGUCUCCAGAGCCUCUCCAGCCCCACACUGGCCUUCCCUGGAGUCUCUCUCCUCCCCUCUCCUUCUUUCCUUCCCACCACCUCCCGCCAUUCUUCAACACCAAUGCUCUCACUUCCUCAAGCAGACUGUUCAUUCCCCCACUACGGAUUAAACAGAAACAAGCAGGAAAAAUAA